AUGCAUCGUACAUUACCAGAUUCAGACGAUCAAAAUGAUAUACCAUAUGUUGCUCAACUACAUAGAGCACAACCGACAGACGAAUAUAAUACAAACAAUCAAAAGAAUUCACAUUAUAAUACACCUCGAAGUAUUUACGACCGUCGGAGUAAUGUAAAUCAUCGUACAGAUGUGAAUCCACGAGCUGAUGAACGUUCUGAAAAUUUACGAGGACCCGUUUAUUAUCAUAAUGAAGGCAAUCAAAAUAGAACACAAUUACAAUAUCGAGAAGUAACACAAAAUGCAGCUGUUCGUGAUAGUUUGAAUGGUCGCUUUGACGCUCAAGAGCGAAGUGUUGUUACUCAAAAUCAAGCAGUUGAUCGACGAAAUAAUCCUGUUGCACAAGUACAACAUGUCCCUACAACUAAUAAUACAUCUAAUACUGUUCGACAUACAAUUCCUGGUAGUAAUGGACGUUCAAUUAUAUUAGAUAUUAGUAUAUCAAUAGGCUCUGGUGGUCGUGCUUCUCAAGCAAACGUUACUACAAAUAAUACUAGAUCAAUAUCACCCAUGCGUUCAACAGCACUAUUUGAUAACGUUCGUACUGUUGAUUUAGAUUUACGUGCACCAGAACAUACUGCUAAAAUUUCUACAGAUGGUAAUUUGCGUUUUUCAUCAUAG